UUUGAGGGUUAUGGAGAGUCCAGGUGUUGUUUAUAUAAAUAUGAUAAUUUAUAUGUUAAGAUAUGUAAAUAAAAAAGUUGAGAAUCACUCCAUGUUCACGCAAAUGCUGCCACCUACAAGCAAUGCCUUUCUUCUUUUAGAUUCUACUCUUCCUCCUCUACCCGUAUGAUGCCAUGUGAAGCCUUUAUAUGUGCGGAUAACUGAGCUCAAUUUUGUUAAGAAUCUUCAGACAUGGCCAUCACCCAUGAUGACCUCUCCUCCAUCAGGAACUACCGCACGGCUGAUAUCAGCAGCAGGCUUAUCGUCUUCCUCGUGGGGUUGUCGGUGCUCGGUGGCCUCACCGGCUUCAUUCUCUGCCUGGCUGGAGAGGCCUCCAGGUCUGAGGCAUCAUGGAUAAUCCUUACCAUCCAGAACAGUGGCAAGAGUUACAGGUGCUCCUACAGUGGCAGUGGGAAAACUCCACUGGCAUUUGCCUUGGCUGCCUUCCUCCUCUUCGCAGUCGCCAUGUUUGCACAGCACGCCUACAUGCUCGUCGCGAUAACCAGCCCUUCGCCAUCUACAGCCAUCGCCUCAACGUCAAUCCCUGACCCGAGGUCGGUCUCACCACCAACACAUGCACAGAAAUGGCAAGCCUGUGCCCUUUUCCUCACAACUUGGAUAUGCUUCGCCAUUGCUGAAGUGCUUCUAAUGAUAGUCAUUGGUGUUGAGUCCGGUCACCUGUACAACUGGACCAAGCCGAGGCUAACUUGUCCGGUGAUUAGACCGGGACUCUUCGCAGUUGCCGGAGUAUUCGGAUUGAUCACCGUCUUCCUUGGAGUGGCGAUGUAUCUGACUGCAUUGAGAACGCAAAGACUUCGUCUGGAAGAGGAGAGAAUGGACCGCCGGUAUCAUCUUGGACAGACACCCGAGCCGCCCGGAGGACCAGUGGCCCUUAGAACAUACCAGAGCCAGGCUCCCAGAAGCACCUCAUCUCUGAAUAAAACCUCAAAUUUACCGCUUAGUGCGUGA